CCAAAAUGGUGACGAAGAUGCCAUGGAUCCUUUCGACAAUGCUGGCUUCAAUCUCCACUAUUCUGACGUUCGUCACUAUGUUUAUCACUAUCAACCUGUCAAGAAUAUUUCCACCUCUACGAAGACAAUUUCGGGAAACUUGGAAACCUAUCCUUGAGGGAUCAUCUGUUGAGGAAGGAGAAUUAUUUGAUAGCUUAGUCUGUCUGGGAACCUGGAAAUAUAUCCUGACUGGGAUGUGGAACCGCCGAUUUCCGGAGCAUUAAAAGAAUGACAAAGCGUGUAACCCUUUCGUCUGGUCAGCAGACGGCAAAACCAAACAUCGUCUACUGGACUUCAUGAAGAAGGGUCGCCCUCUGGUUCUCAACUUUGGAAGCUGCAGCUGACCUCCCUUUAUGGCCAAACUGGCCAAGUUCAACGACAUUGUUCAAAAGUAUGGACAUAUCGCUGACUUUCUUCUUAUAUACAUAAAGGAAGCUCACCCAACAGACGGGUGGCAUUUCAAAAGCAAUGCUUAUUACAUUGAAUCAGCUAAGAACAUGACCGACCGGGCCAGGGCGGCAAAGUUCUUGCUAGAUGAGAAUGUGAGAUGUCCUUUGGUUCUGGAUGAUGUAACAGACGAGGCUGUUACAGCAUACCGCAGUCUUCCUGAAAGACUAUAUAUCGUGUUGGAUGGCGUGAUUGUGCUUGUUGGAGGAAUAGGCCCAGAGGAAUAUGACCUUCAACCAGUGGAGGAGUGGCUGGUCGCCUACAGAGGACAGGGGUAGACAUGUGCCAAAUAUGCCUGAACUUGA